AUGAAUACGGAGGAACAGAGAGCUGCAGGAUUUGAUCAGUUCAUUGAAAUGCUCGACUCGGAGACGAGGCAUUGGUGGUUGAAAGAGUUUUCUGAGGCCUUCAAAGUCGCGGAUGCAGCGUACGGCAAGGAUGGCAGGCUCAAUAGCUGGUACGCAAACUGUAUUUUGACCGAUCCCCCGCACCAAGGGAAAAGGUAUGGCACUUUGAUGGUUCAAGCGGGUCUGAAGCGUGCAGCUGAGGACAGAACGAUUGCGGCGCUCGCGACUUACGACAAACCACUUGUCGAUUGGUAUGUGCACCUUGGUUUCAAACCGAUUGCCACAGCGGACAUAAAAGGGCCGAGGAUCGAUCCGCAGGUCGGAUUCAACGCGACUUGGUUUACUUGUGAUGAUCCCGAAAGACAUGUAUAAUCCCUCCUCUUUGGUCACGUCCGCAUAGUUGAAUGUAACUAAGGCUCGAGGUGGAGAGCGAACUGG